AUGUCGUCCGCCGACCAAGCCCGCCCGGUCACCCCCGGUGAGCACCGCCGGACCUCUUCCCUUGAAUUCAACCGAUCUCCGCAGAGCCGUCGCUCGUCUGCCGCAUACUCGCCCGUGCAGGCCCGCCCGCCGCACAGUCUGCACCCCGCCGCCAGCUACGGCGAGCUCAACGGAGACGGCGAUGACUCGUUCAACGCCGGCGAGCUCGGCAACCUGGCCGACGAGCUGGCCGACGCCGAGGAGGACGACUACGAGGACGGCGAGGCCGACGCCUCCAUGAUGCAGUCGCAGCUCGUCGACCAGACCCAGCCUCAGGAGCUGCCCAACGGCCACUCCCGCCACAUCUCCCGCGACGAUGUCAUGCAAACCCCCAAGACGGCCACGACGCUGAGCCCGUCCUCGCGCGUCAACCACCGCCGCAACCGCUCCCGCUACGACGGCUCCGACUACGGCAGCGAGAGCGAUCUCGAGGCCUCGGACAGCAUCUCGGCAAGCCUCGAGGCCAAGAUGGCCGCUAUUGAACACCUGGCCCGCCGCGGUACCGAGGACAACGGAAGCGCCACCGACGGCGUCUUCAUUCGCCUGACGGAGCAGCUGCGAGACCUGGGCAGCCAGGCUGGCGUUGAGAGCGGCGCCACACGUCUGAUCACUGCCCACACGGCCCUGACCACCCAUCUCAGCCACCAGACCCGGCUGCUGACCUCGCUGACGUCGUCGCUUCUUUCUCCCCUCGCCCCGCCGCUCUCUCCUGAAGCCAUUGACGCUCUCCUACCCCUCAUUGCUGACGCUCUGGAGUCCCUUCCCUCAGCACCCCCCGCUCCGCUCAACGCCCUGGGAGGCCUGAGCGGCGAGACGCACGAUUUCCUCGACACAGUCAGCUACCUUUCGGACAGCCUGCACAUGGGCCGUCAGACAUCCAACCUGGCCCAGCGGCGGUUAAAGGUCGUCAGGGAGGCUAUGAGCGAAUGGCGCCGCGAGAACGAGCUCCGUGAAGAGGGCAUUCGGUGGAUCGAGAAGGGUAGCUGGGACAAUCGGUUGAAGGAGAGAGAGGCCGCCAGUGUCUGCAACGAUGUGGUCGGUGGCUUUGAAGAGGCCUGCAAGGGCUGGCGGGAGAGGCUAGUCGCGAUGAGCGAAGUCCCUGCAGCUUGA